GCAGGUGAGGGGUCCCAGAUGCUGGACAAGGACACCAAGACCAUGAUGGGCACAGAAGACACACCCAGAGGCAAAGCCAGCCCAGACCCUCAGGACUUGCGGCCAAGUGUGAUGCACAGCAUCAAGCUCUUCGUCCUGUGCCACAGCCUGCUGCAGCUGGCACAGCUCAUGAUCUCCGGCUAUCUCAAGAGCUCCAUCUCCACAGUGGAGAAGCGCUUUGGCCUCUCCAGCCAGACCUCAGGGCUGCUGGCUGCCUUCAACGAGGUGGGGAACACAGCCUUGAUUGUGUUUGUGAGCUAUUUUGGCAGCCGGGUACACCGGCCCCGACUGAUCGGUUAUGGGGCUGUCCUUGUGGCUCUGGCAGGCCUGCUCAUGACCCUCCCACACUUCAUCUCGGAGCCAUACCGCUAUGACCACACCCGCUCUGAGGAUAUGCCACAGGACUUCGAGGCUACCCUGUGCUUGCCCAUGACCUCGGCCCCAGCCCUAGCCCCCUCCAACGGCAGCUGCUCGAGCUACACAGAGGCCCAGCAUCUGACUGUGGUGGGGAUAAUGUUCCUGGCACAGACCCUGCUCGGCGUGGGCAGUGUGCCCAUUCAGCCCUUCGGCAUCUCCUAUAUCGAUGACUUUGCUCACAACAGCAACUCGCCCCUCUAUCUUGGGAUCCUGUUUGCAGUGACCACGGUGGGGCCAGGCAUGGCCUAUGGGCUGGGUGGUCUCAUGCUGCGCCUUUAUGUGGACAUUGACCGGAUGCCAGAAGGUGGUAUCAGUCUGACCUCUAAGGACCCCCGAUGGGUGGGUGCCUGGUGGCUGGGCUUCCUCAUCUCUGCUGGCGCGGUGGCUGUGGCUGCCACCCCCUACUUCUUCUUCCCCAGGGAGAUGCCCAAGGAGAAGCAUGAGCUCCACUUCCGGCGAAAGGUCUUGGCCGCUGCAGCCACACCUACCGUCGAGGGUGAAGACCCCCCCUCUGAGCAGAGCCCUGGAGGCUCCCCAAACAAGCAGGAUGGCCUAGCCCAGAUUGCACCAGACCUGACAGUGAUCCAGUUCAUCAAAGUCUUCCCCAGGGUGCUGCUGCGGACCCUGCGCCACCCCAUCUUCCUGCUCGUGGUCCUGUCCCAGGUGUGCAUGUCGUCCAUGGUGGCGGGUAUGGCCACCUUCCUGCCUAAGUUCCUGGAGCACCAGUUUUCCAUCACAGCCUCCUUCGCCAACCUGCUGAUUGGCUCCCUCACCAUCCCCUUGUCCAUCGUGGGCAUCGUGGCGGGGGGCAUCCUGGUCAAGCGCCUCCACCUGGGCCCCAUGCGCUGCGGUGUCCUUUGCCUGCUGGGGGCGUUGCUCUGCCUGCUUCUCGGCCUGCCCCUCUUCUUCAUCGGCUGCUCUACCCACCGGAUUGCAGGCAUCCCCCGCCAGCCAGGUGCCCAGCCUGAGCCAGGGCUAUUUCCAGGCUGCAUGAAGCUCUGCUCCUGCCCAUCAGACCACUUUAACCCUGUCUGCAACCCCAGUGCUCGUGUGGAAUACAUCACACCCUGCCAUGCGGGCUGUACAAGCCGGGUGAUCCAGGAGGCUCUGGACAAAAGCCAGGUUUUCUACGCCAACUGCAGCUGCGUGGUAGGGGGUGGCCCAGUGCCAGCGGGUUCCUGCGACUCGGCCUGUGGCCACCUGGUGCUGCCCUUCAUGCUCCUGGUCAGCCUGGGGGCGGCACUGGCUUGUGUCACCCACACACCCUCCUUCAUGCUCAUCCUAAGGGGAGUGAAGAAAGAAGACAAGACUCUGGCUGUGGGGAUCCAGUUCAUGCUCACGAGAGUUCUGGCCUGGAUGCCCAGCCCCGUGAUCCAUGGCAGCGCCAUCGACACCACCUGUGUGCACUGGGCCCUGAGCUGUGGGCGUCGAGCUGUCUGCCGCUAUUAUGACCUCGACCUGCUCCGAAACAGGUUCAUCGGCCUCCAGUUCUUCUUCAAAACAGGCUGCCUGUUCUGCCUCAUCUUAGUUUUGGCCAUCCUAAGGCAGCAGGACAAAGAGGCAGGGACGAAGGCAACUGUACCCAGCCCUGGCCUAGAGCAGCGAUUGUUAGAGUCUGGGCCAGAGAAGGAGCCGAAGGAUUCCAGAGUGUGAGCUGUCCCAGGGCUCCAACCUGGCCAAGAGUGGCAGCUACAGUGGUACCUGCUCCGGGCCCUUUGUCCAACACUGAGCAUUAAGAGCCCUAUGUUCCAAUUCUGGUUCCUCCACUAAAUUGCUGUGUGACUUUGGGCAAGCCACUGGCCCUCUCUGGGUCUUUGCUCAUCCAAACCAAGGAGUUAUUUGGAGGUUUGCUGUGUUGGUCACUUCUGAAGCAAGAGGGUCUUCUCCCUUCUUCCCCCAGCAAGACAGUUGACCUGGAGCCAGGCUUUCCUGGGUAGAAGGACUGCAGUCUUUCCCCCAGGACCCCAGGGACAGGGAAGUGACUGUGAUAAGCCAGGCUGCCCUCCACGCCAAGCCCCAGCUCAGCUCUGCCACUCACCUGGGACACCCUCUCUGAGCCUCAGCUACAUCCUCUGUCAGCUGGGAACAGACUUUCUGGCUUUCAGGCUCAUUCAGCUGUGACCAUCUGUUUGGUCAGGAUAGACUCAGGCCUCCUUCCUAACCCUAGGCAGCCUUCAAGAAGUGUCCAUUUGGCGCCCCCUGGAGGUAGAGCUCUGACUGGACUCUAAGUGGAGACCCAUAGGGAGAAGGGUGCUGGCCUCACAGGAUGUCCAAGCUUGGCAAGGCCUUCAAGAAGCCUGCGUGGGAACCUCAAAGAGCCUUAGCUGAGGGGGGAGACUCACUCUCCGACUCAGGAAAUCCCAGCCCUUGCCCUCAGGAGCUACAGUUUGGGGAUGAGGCCUAUUCUCCUGCCUUAGGGUCCCUGGGGGUGGGGAAGGAGACCCAGCCCCACACUUGGGUAUUUUCUAACUUCAGAGACCAAACAUACUCUCAGCACACACUCACUGAUACCUAUACUUUGCCAAGAUUUUACAUAUUUGACCAGGGGCAACCAAAGUCACUGAGACUUUUUGUGAAUAGAAUCUUAAUUUCCCCAUUUCCUCCUGGUUGUCUGAUUCUGUGUCACCUGGGGCUCUGUACAUAAUAUCUGAUUCUGUGACAACCAAGCUUUGGGAGUGAUAGCUGGUUCUCUGUGAUGCCUGGGCUGGUGUAAUGCCUGAGCCUGUAACACUGGGGACAGUAAUGCCCAGCUCUGUGUAAUAAGCAAUUCUGUGGCAUGCUUGGGUCUGAAUGAUCCGAUCCCUUUCUACAUUGGGCUUUUUUUUUUUUUUUCUUUAAUGGCCAAUCUUAUCAAGCCUGGUUAUUUCCCUGGGAGGAGGAGAGAGUUUCCUGGUCAGCUCCCAGCCCAGUCUGUUGCCACCACAUACCCCAUCUGGCUGGGACCUGCUGCUCAGGUGGCUGCAGACAGGGUCAUCACAGCAGUUUCCCUGGCCCUAUGCACACAGGGGCUGGGGAGAAGCUGGGGUUGAGGGCACACAUGGCUCUUGCCCUCUGAGCAGCUCCCAGCGCCAGGGCUUUGAGGCUUCCCCACAUACAAUAAGAGGGAGGUACAAAAGUUCUAAUUCCCUUUUAUUCUACUGGUUGAUACCUGUAAAUAUUUAACAAAUAUUUGAACCUGUAUUCAUAAAUGCCAAGAAUGUCAAAGUCUCCUCCAACAAGAUGAGCUUUUAGUACGUUCAUAUUCCUUCUCCUUCCCUCCUGUUUCCCAGGUUUUGCAGAAAUAACCUGGAAUUAUAGAUACAGCUUAUUAUUAAGUUUGUUCUUGCAUAAUGUCUCUUCUAUUACCAAAAUCCUUUCUUAUAAACUGCAUUAGAGGUUGCAACAA